AUGAAUAAGAUUGGUCGUGUUUUUGUUUUUUACAUCUUAAUUUCAACUACGACGGGAGCAGUUGAGUUCAUUUCGAAGUUUAAAACGAGUACGACAACAACAAAAUGGAAGGAACCAACAACUACACCCAGAUGGAAGGAACUCCCAACUAAAUACGCAUUUAAGGCACCUUCAACAACCAUCAAUAAAACAGAAGUAAUUAGUAAGAAUAAAUUAAAUACAACAACUUUAAACAAAGAAUCUUCAACAACUAGCAGUUAUAAAGAACCAUCAACAACAACAAAAUGGAAACAACCACGUACAACAACAAGAUGGCAACAGACAACGGCUUCUAAAGCGUCACCUUCCUCUAGAUCAGUUUCACAAGCUCAUACCAAUAAUGAAAUGGUGGCCGUUGCAAGCUUUUCAGGAAUUGACUCCAGGAACGGAAGGGUAUCUUCUAUGAAUGGUAUCAAAAUUUUCCCUUCGGCAGACUCAUCCAUGAUCAAAACAGAUGACAGAGGAAAUUUUAUCGUGCAGUCAGGCAAUGGUAAAAUGCCAAUGCCGAUUACGAUCACAAAACAAGGAGACGGAGUGUCAGGAACCAUUCGAAUUCUUCCAGGCUCUGUCUCAGUCUCAUCUUCAGCAUCUUCACCAUCUAAGUCUGGUCCAGUUUCAGCAGUCGCUAGCUAUGAUCCAUGGGCAGCUCCAAUUAUGAAAGAUUUUUACUUUCCACCAUUUCCAACAUUCCCUACAAUACCAGAUCAGAUAUUCGACGCAAGGUUCCCGGAUACAUCAUUUCCCACGAAGAUGCUAGACCCUUUUCCAUUUGUGAGGAUCUCAGAACCGACGUUUGAAACUCGAAUACAGGACCCAUGGUUUGAUAAGAACAAAUACAAGCACUCACAGCCUAAACAAAACAUGUUUACUUCUAACUGGUUUUACCCGAGUUUCAAUCCAUUCUUUAACUACUGGUGA